AUGCCAGGAGGUCGUGCCCUCGGGGUUGAUUUCACCGCAAUCCUGGACUACCACGACCUCAACUACUACGACUUGGAAAACCUGGACGAUCUUGACUACCACAUGAGCUGGGUCAGGAGGUCGUGGGGCGGGCAGGCGGGCGUGCCUUCGCCGGGGACCGUGGGCAGUAUGAAUUCUAAGAUUCUCCUAUACAAGGUUAUUCGGAAGACACUAGACUUUGAUGUUUAUCACAAAAUAAAUCUACCUUCAGGUGCCAUGAACUACCCAUCAACAACUCAGGCGCUUUUUGCGCUGAUCGUCAUGAUCAUAGUGCUCCUGUUCAUCCUCGUGUACUGCUGCUGGGGCACCUUCUCCUGCGCUCGCCAAGAUGACGCGUCUACUGCAGAAGACGGCGCAGUGGGCACCCAGCAACAGGCGCAGCAAGGGGGCGGGCAGAUGGUCAUAGUUCCAUUCAGCAACAUGUUAUAUGUGGGAGAUCCGGAAUCGCGGCGUAUCUACCAGAUCCCUCUCGACCAAGACAAGCCCCCUGCGUAUACCGAAGUGUUCACAGCCGGGCCUCCCCCUCCUUACAGCACGGACAACACCGCCACUGACGUCUCCCCUCCCACGCCCGGCGCAGAGCCUGAGACGAGAGCCUUGCUACCGGACCUUCCCCCUUCCUAUGAGGACUGCUUGUCCAACCCUUCUUCAGACGACAAGACUCAGGCCGCUGCCACAGAACCUACUCAGGAUCAAACGUCAGCUCAGGAAUCGAAUAGUGCCCAGACCUCUACCGGACCUUCAAGCCCCCAGACAAAUAGCACCAUAUCCCCUGAGCUGCACCCUUCUGCUAUAGUGUCCAGUGUGUCAGGCCAAACAGAAACUCGGAUCUCACCCAACGUGACCCAAGGUUGGAGGCUUGAAGGUAUCAUCCUCCGACCAGCUAACCUGCCAAGCUUAGAGAGAAGAGGGGGGGAGACUGAAGACAGCACAACCCAGCCGUCCCAGAAUAGUACACAAUCCAGCUGAGAAAAUACAUGAAUAUUGUGUUGUUUUAGAUAAGUUAUCCUCUCUUUUUUUAUCCAAUGAUCUGUCUCAAACUGUAUAUUCUGACUUAUCUGUGCCCUGUGGUGCAUAAAAUGAAUGAUGUAUGUGGAUCUGAUAUGCUGCAAGCAGUGGACACACUCCUUGUCUUUAUACAAUGUUGCAUACGACUCUCAAGUUCUCUGUAUCAAGGAACAAAUCUAGUCAGCCUGCUUCUGAAGAGUUCUGCUAUCUCCAACACCUCGCCUAGAACUAUUACUGUGGCUUAUCCUGGAUUAUGUUCUUGACAAUGAAUAUUUUAUACUGUGCAUAUGUGAUAGGUCAUGAAAUGGCUUAGUAUUUAAGGAUCUUUGUGUAUACAUGUAUCUUCUUCUUCCUUGUCACGUUAUAUUGUGUCCUAUCUCUGUGUCCAUUUCUACUGUGAUGAGAUUUUAAAAAAAAUGUUGAUAUAUUCACUUUCUUGUUUUUACAAACACAAUAGCACAUGCUCACUUAUCUCUACUUUUUAAUGCUAAGUGUCUUAUGUCAGCUGAAAGUAUAGGCCUAAGAAUCAGUAACAAAAAGGGAGGAAAAAAUGUAAAUAUCUAGUUAGUAAGGUGGAAGAAUAAAGACAGCUCAAAGAAUCUGUCAAUUUGUAAACUGAUAUUCCGACCCAAGUCUAGUUAAAUAGAUCCACAGCAGUGAUUUAAUUUCUUUUCCGAACGAGGGUCACAUUGGUUUCUUAAUAUCAGCAGUACCAAAGCCGGGACAAUAAAAUACUGCAUAGUAAUACGUUCUUACGAGCAUCACUACAUUGUCUGUUUUUAAUGAUGUUUGUACUAAUAAUGCAAACUGAUUUACUUUUUUUAUUUUAUUGAAUUUUAUUGAUUUUCUUAUCUUCUUUUUCUUUUUGACUGCAAUAGUUUAUAUAUCCUUGAGAAAAACUAUUUGUUAAUUAUAUACAUCUAAGCUUUUUAUAAGGAAGCUGACAUAUAUAUACUAUAAUUAAAGUUUAAAAAAUCUCAUUAACCAUAUUGUGUUCAAACUUUAUAUUAUAGAAAAACGGAGAAUGUUAAAAGAACUGAUGGUUGUGAAUAAUGAUCUUGAGUUUUAAAAAUUUUUAAGCAUUUAUGUAUGACUGUUUUAUUAAAAUUGGAAAAAAUAC